AUGUUAAAGAACACGUUGGAAAAUAAAGAAGACGGUGAAAUUCAAGAUCAGCUAAAUUUCUACCGUGCUCAAGCAGAAAAGGCAAAUCUGGAAUAUAAAAAAGACUUUACCGAAAUAGCAAGUUCGACGAAACGUAUAUACUCUAUGGAUUUACAAAAACUGAUUAUUUUACCUAUUAUACCUCAAAGUAAAAGUGCAAUUUUUACUAGCCGACUUGUUGUAUUAAACCUUACGUUUGCUACUUUAAGUAAACAAUCUAAAAAUAACAGCUUCUGUUUACUCUGGCAUAAAGCUUUAGGUGGACAUAAAGCUGAGUCGAUUGUUGACGCUUUAUUAGAAGUAAUAAGAAAAGAAAGAGAUGUCUCUCAUUUUGUAUUUUGGGCAGAUAACUGUACAUCCCAGAAUAAAAAUUGGGUUCUGAAUAGUUCCUUGAUAACUGAAGUCAAUCGUUCUGACGUACCACAUGAAAUCGUUAUAAGAUAUCUUACAAAAGGCCAUACGCACAUGUCUGCUGAUGGAAUUCAUGGCAAUAUCGAGCAAAAAAUACUAAGGAGCAGAAAUAUCUACGAUUUUCAGGAACUGACUGAACUUGUAAAUAACUCUAGAAAAAAUGUAGAGGACGAUUAUAAGGAACUAGAUUUUUUACAAAAAAAAAAACACUGCCCAAGCACGUUUACGUCCAAAACUUUAAAUAUGCGUGGAAUCUCAAGCGACAAAAAGGCAAUUAUUUUGAAAAACAUAUUACCAUUAAUGCCGGAAAACCGAAAGUUCUUUUGGCAAAGCCUACCAGACUCAGAAACAUCUUUAGACUUGGUGGAUCAUGAACAAAUGGAUGCCAUAGAUUCCAAUAUUUAA